GCUUAAGAGUUUGUGGGUUUAAGCCUUUCAGAAAAAGACUCAGAGCGAGUCCAAGGGCUCCUUUACUUCCGUCUGGAAGCGCUUCUGCCGAAACCACCCUCCUCUGACCACUCACUUCCUUUCUGAGCCAAAGGCGGGGCCUGAGGAACAACCUUGAGUGAGUCUAAGUGGGUGCCCUCCUGCCUCUUCCCCUCCCUGGGCUCUCUACCUGUCUCAUGUCAGCCUCUGCGUUUCUGUCAACACGGGAAAAGCCACAUCAUGACUGAAGGAUGGCUAUUUCAUGACUCCUGACCUAGACCGAGUCUUCCUCUGUCCCACCAGUGCUCUGCCUCCCCAGAUCAGUUGCAAGCCCAAGUCAAGUGAUAUCAACUUCACCUUCAUUUCCUUGCUCCUGAGUCAGGAGGCCUGGAAAGGAUGGCUGGCUGGUUCCGACAGAUCCUGCGUAAGCCCAAGAAACGCCAUGUGCAGCCAGAUACCAACACCAAUGAUGUCCUAGAGCUACCCUCCCAAAGCAGUUCUCUGCCUGACACUCAGGAAUCUACCAAGGUUCCCACCCCAGACUCAGCAGACACAGACAGCAGGAGCAGUGGCUCUCGCUGGAGCAAAACUUAUGACGUGUGUGUGUGCCACAGUGAGGAAGACCUGAUGCCCGUCCAGGAAUUGGUUUCUUAUCUGGAGGGUGAGCCCGAUGGACUUCGAUGCUUCCUGCAACCUCGGGAUGCAGCCCCAGGCGGUGCCAUUGUGUCAGAACUGUGCCAAGCAAUGGGCAACAGCCACUGCUGUGUACUAUUUAUCACUCCCCAUUUCCUUCAGGACCCGUGGUGCAAGUACCAGAUGUUACAAGCACUAAGUGAGGCCCCUGGAUCUGAGGGCCACACCAUACCCCUGCUGGCUGGCCUGGCCCGAAGCGAUUACCCCCCUGAGCUCCGAUUCAUGUUCUAUGUGGACGGCAGUGGCCCUGACAGUGGAUUUGGAAAGAUCUGCAAAAAUUUAGCUGAGAUGUAUAUCCCAUCUCAUCACCAUGGAGCCCAGGAUGUUGGAGCAAGACUGGACUUGGAGCUAGAGGGGACACUGGGGGUCUCCAGAAAGCUCUGGUGGAGAACCAGACAGGUGUUAAAAGGAUUCAUGCCCUCAACAACAUUUCUGUUCUUCCUCUGAGAUAGCCUGUAGCUGACUUCUCUAGUACUUGGGGUUUCCCUUCCCAAGAACUCAGCUCUGGCUGUGGGAAAAUUCAGGAUCUGAGAAAUUCAGGCUGCUGCUAAUGUCACUCCCUUAGGGUAUUUCUUAGGCAGGAUGAAUGUAUUAUUUUGGUUUCUGUCCAAAAGGAAGUCUUGCCUCCAUCAUUUGGUAUGAAGCCUAUCACAUACCUGUGUGUUCCUCCCCCUUAUGCAUGGGCACAUUUAUGUAACUCUGUGUCCCUGCCCAAGGAGAGAGCUAUUGAUUGGCUCCAUCAGGCAGGACUAUAGAACACACUAAAGUCCUCUGUGUCAUAUAAGGAAUUCUGACUCAAUUGGAGGAAAUUUAACUGGUGUCAACCCCUUCCUGUGUGCAGCUCUCCUAUUUCCCCUACCUUCUCCAACCCAUUUUCACAAAGCUCUUUAAACAGAAGAGUCCUAUACAACAUUUUUUUAUGUUAUGUAGGUCAGAGCUUUGGAAUUAUGAAGUCAGUCAGCCAACAAGCACUUCUUAAGCACAUCAUGAUAGACAUUACAUUAAGCACUGGGGUUACAAAGAAAGGCAAAAAAAAAAAAUAAUCCCAGCCCUUGAGGAGCCCACAAUCUAUUGGGAAGACACUAUAUAGAUGUAAUAUACAGAAAUUAAAGACCUAAACAGAAAAAUCAUUUUGAGUGGAAAAAGAGAAGGGAGAGGGUUGUGAAUAAGAAGGUGGAUGAAAAAGUGGAAUAUGGAGAGAGAAAUUUCUAGGGCCUAUACUCAGUACCUAGAAUUACAACCAAUCUGAUGAUCCAUACUUGACACCUAGGCAACUUUGAUGGGGUACCAGCACAUCUUCCAGUGAUGAAUGACUUCCAACCUGGGAAAUGCAGAGCUUAUUUUAAUGGACAUUGUCUUGUCUUUUUGUGUGUGUGUGUGAGGCAAUUGGGGUUAAGUGACUUGCCUAGGGUCACACAGCUAGUAAUUGUUAAGUGUCUGAGGCCGGAUUUGAACUCAGGUCCUCCUAAUUCCAGGCCCGGUGCUCUAUCUACUGCGCCACCUAGCUGCCCUGACAUUGUCUUUUUAAAAAUCUUUAUUUAGCUCUAAUAAAUGGGUACUAGAAAGUUGUUUUUUAUAUUGAAAAAAACUUCCUUAUAUUUGAAAAGAUGGAGAGUCUCUGACUUAGAGAAAAAGGAAUUUGACUUUCAGGGUGUGUAAUCUCAGAUUGUGGAGUUGAAAGAACUAUCACUUUGCACAGAAUUUAAUCUACAAUACCUACCACCCCUUCCCAUUUUUGCUUUGAUUCCUUGCCUACUUCCUCCUUAUUUUCCCUACCAUUCUUCCAGAUUAUUCUUUACACCAAAGGGAUUUGAGUAGAAUAAGCUUACAGACAGUUGGUGAGCUGCAUAAGAGGAAGAAAUUUCUUCAACAGAAGUUCUCAACCCUGAUGAAAUCAUAGGUCUGGACCCUCUAAAAAUACUCUAGCUUUUGUUCAAGGAUUAAUAAAGACUUGUUGAACUGA